UUGUUGUUGUGAAGAUUGGUUGUUGAUUGUUUGAAGAGUUGUCGUUGUAGAGUGUUGCGUUUGAACGAAAUCAGUGGACUUUUAUAGUUGGCUGGGUGUGUGUGAUUUCUUCACAGAAAUCAUGAUAUAAAAGCUUUGUCAUCAUCAUCGAUCACCAACUCUCAACAACGACAACUCUUCAAACAAUCAACAACCAAUCUUCACAACAACAACAAUGGCGGUCCAAGUCGAGCCAGCUGCUAUCCAGGUCCCUGCUUCGGGAGGCAACGUCUCGCUUCAGCUGAUGAACGGCAACCCUGAGGUAGUAUUUAUUUUUUUCUCAUCUUUCUUUUCUCUUUCUCAAAUCAUUCCUAUAAUCAAAAUCGUUCUUUUUUCUUUUUCAAAGGUCCGCUUCGCCUUCAAGCUCAAGUCCAGCAAUAACGAGCACUACCGAGUCAACCCCGUCUUCGGAUUCGUGGAGCCCGGCGCCGCUGCCCAAGUCGAAGUGAUCCGCCAGAACGGCCCGCCAAAAGGUGAUGACAAGCUCGAGAUCUGCUUCGCUGGGGCUCCUCCAGAUGCUGGGGACGCCAAGGCCAUCUUCCCUCCUGGAUCUUCUGGCGAGUUCAAGGUCGACGUUCCUAUGGCUGCUGCAUGA